ACAGACCAAGGGGGGUUAAUCCAGGCCAAUAGCUUGAUUGCAAGCACUGAAGGGAAGCUUAGCCCAGCCUCUGUCCUAGUCAACGCCUCCACUAGCCCCAGGCAAAUAGCAUAGGGAACAGUUUAAACUAUCACUUCCCCAGACAGACAGAGGGAGCGAGACUUGGAGUAAAAGGGAAAAGGCUCUGAUUCCAAGCAAGGUGUGAGAACCAUCAGUAAACACAGUGUAACGAGAACAGGAAAGGGGAUAAAGCAUCAAAACAGCAACAAAGACGGAACAGACACAGAACAGACAGACGAGACGGAAAGAGAAAAAGGUGCAGUUUUGGGGAUGAAGGAAAAGUGGAUUUGACAGAAGAGGUUCAGCUUUAUAUUCCGUUUGGACAUCAUCUGAUUGCCUGUGAUUCCCUGCAUCUCCUGCACUCACGUGGCUGAAAUCAUGCAGUGUCUUUUGGGAUGGACUAUUCUGCUGAUGGUUGCACAUAUCACUAUUGUUGAAGGUUGUCCGGGAGGUUGUCAGUGCAAUCAACCAAAGACUGUUUUUUGUCUUAACCGCAAGAAUUCCAACUUCCCCAGCCGGAUACCCCAUAACACUGUAAGCCUGUAUCUCUUCGAGAAUGGAAUCAGCUCAGUAGAAGAGGGUAGUUUUUCUGGCCUGUUGGAUCUGCAGCUUCUAGAUUUGUCACACAACAUGCUGUCGAGUCUACCUGGUGGAGUAUUCAGGAGUUUGGGCAAUCUCAGUAACCUAGACCUUUCAUCCAACAAGCUGAAGGAGAUUGCUGCAGACACAUUUCAAGGGCUGGGCCGCCUGGAAAGGCUCUACCUCAAUGAAAACAGCAUUCAUAGCAUCCACCCGGAUGCUUUUAAGGGCCUUGAGAGUUUGUUGGAACUUAAGUUGAAGGGUAAUCAGUUGGUGGCGCCUCCAGCAUUCUCCCUGCCUCAGCUCCUGCUACUUGAUCUAAGCAACAAUCUGAUCCAAUCUAUCCAACCAGGGGUUUUCAAUGCAGCCAACAUUGAGACUCUUCACUUGGCUGGUCUUGGGUUGAAGGAGUUACCGGACGAUCUGCUUACUAGCCUCAGAAAUCUCCAUGAACUAGACCUGUCUGAAAAUCAACUGGACAAGGUUCCCCAGGGUCUUCGAGGUCUAACAAAGCUUAAUCUAGCUGGCAAUACAGGCAUUUCACAGCUGCAAAUUGAUGAUUUUGCAGACUUACCAGGACUACAGACCUUGGAUUUAAGCGGUCUGAACCUUCGUACUCUGCCAAAGGGAAUAUUCCACUCAUGUCCUCGCCUCCGUGUACUAACUCUAGCUCAAAAUCCCUUUAAUUGCGUGUGUUUACUGGGUUGGUUAGCAGAAUGGAUAAAGGUGACUAAAAUUGAACUAAAACGUUCACAAGAAACUCGCUGUCAUUUUCCUCCAAAGAAUGCUGGCAAAAUUUUGAACCAGUUACGGGAUUCUGAGUAUGGCUGUCCAAUUCCAACAACAAUCCUUGUGCCAACCACCAUGGCACCUAGCACCACAACUGAAGUGCCAAAGUCUACAAAGCCUUUACUUAAAGAUCUACCAACUACUUUACUCACCACUACCACUUAUCCCCAUCACCAGACUGAAGUAGAGCCCACGCCAUCAGUCACUGCUCAAGACCUGCAGUGUCCACCAAACACUUGCUUAAAUGAUGGCAUUUGCAGCCUUUACCCCAAUGGGGAAGUGGCAUGUGAGUGCCUCCCUGGAUUCUAUGGUGUGUAUUGUGAGAUGGCUAUGAUCACCCCACCUGUUUUUACCGAACCUUCCGUACAGCUAAAAAUUCUGCACGUAACUGGCACCUCCAUUCAAGUGGAUCUUCAAGGUUACAGUAAAAGCAAACAGUACAUUAAAGGAAUUAAACUAACACUUCGAAACUUCUCUGGUGCAGACCGGAGACCUCAGGAGUACAGGCUGCCCCCUACCCUUUCUGAAUACACAGUUAGAGCCCUUACACCUAACAGCACAUACUGGCUGUGUCUAGGACCUCUUGGAGACGGUAGUAAUGAACAAGAAGUGUGCACAGAGGCUCAUACUACAGGAGAAUCUCCACAGUAUAUUGCCCAUGUCAACCAGACAGAAGAUAGCAACCUGACUCUUGUUUUAGUGCCUGCCGUGGCUGCUGGCAUUCUGUUAUGUGUGGCUGUGGCAAGUGCAGUAUGCUAUGCCAGGAGACGGAGGGGUAAGGAACACACGUGUGAGGAGGGUGGACCUCUCGAGAUGGAAGGUGUGAAAAAGAGUCUGGAAGGCAAGGGGGAGCUUAAAAAACUGUCUGAGAGUCCAGUUGGGCCCGAGAGAAAAUGCUUAGAGUCAGAUGAGUUACUUGUGGAUCCUACAAGACUUGGGAAUAAUAAUGAGACAUCUGUGGGUAGGUUACCUCACUCAUACUUCUAAGCGAGGUACUGAUGCUUUGAGUGACACCAACCUUUUCACGGAUCAUGAACUCUACCACGAACGAGCAGAGAUCCACAAAAAUACCGACUUUCCCUCCACAUAAAAGACUGGACACAUUGUGAGACCUACCGAGAAGACAGCCGUGCUGUUUGUGAGUUGGGCAGCCAUAUAUAAAAAGGAGGGGUCAGUUCUUACCAUCUACAAAGUCUAGUAAUUCUGGGUGGAAUACAACUGAAUAAGUGAUACCCAGAGACUGAACGGUACUGAUUUGGAGAUGGUAGAUAACACUGCCAUAAGGAGAUGUUUUGUUACUUUCUAUGCUUUACGGACUUCUAAAGGGUUGCAGAGACAUUGUGUUUGCAGGAACACAGUUAAAGAAUAACGGUUCAAAGAAUCCAUGCUCUGACAUGACAAGUGAAAUAAAUGUGCAUUUAGAGAAAAAAAACUAGAUCACAUAAACUAUGCAUAAACAUAAACUAAAGAGACGUGUUUACUGCUAUGUGCGAAAGACACCCCCAGAUUUGACUUGGGAGAUUUCCUAAUCUCUUGCAGACCAGGGAAUAUUUUGAAGAAUGAUAAGGCCACAAUAUAUGUGAAUAUAAAGAAAUUAUCGUCAAGGGUGGUCUAGUCUUGAAAAAUGAAAUGUUCUAAAUUUGGUUUGGUGGGGUCCGAGGCCCCAUUUGCUGGACAAAGUGGGGCCGAUGUAUAAUGAUCGGUAUCGAGGGCCAGCCACCAUUUAAUAAAUAUAAAUCCUUCUUAUACA